AUGUUUCCGUGGCGUCAAGAAUUAACACGUGAACGACGUUUAUACAUCCUUCAACGGAUCCGUUUAAUUCUUAUUUCGGGUGGAUGCUCAUGGGUUCAGUCUAUACCGAUCAAUGAUCUUCAUGCUUCACUUGUAGCCGCUGAACGAAGAGCAUAUGAUCAUGCUCGAACAUUUGAUACUUACGUAUGCUUAAUUUUUACGUUCACUAAUAGUGAAGCAAGACGCCGAAUUCAAAAUCAACAACAACAAGAUCAAAUUGAAGAACGUGAAGUACGAAAUGAAUUAUCAUCAUCGGAUGUUACAGAAAAUACCCAAUUAUAG